AUGCAUGCAGAUAAUUUUUUAGAAGAUUUACAAGGUAUACAUUUUGAUGACUUUUUAAAAAAAUUUCCUUUAAAUGAAAAUGAUAUAUUAAAUUGUGAAGAUAGUACAGAUAAUAAUAAAAGUGAUUAUUUAAGUAGCAGUGUUGAAAAUAAUGAUGUGUAUAAUAAAAAUAAUUUUAUAUUAUUAUUAGCAAAUAAUAUAUUAGAUGAUAGUUCCAAAAUCAUCCCACCUUUACGAAGGGUUUAUUGGCCUCUUUUAUUGGGUAUAUAUAAAUAUAAUAAUUUAGAAGAAUUAACAAAAGAAAUAGAAAAAAAACGAAAUUUAUAUAAACGUGAUAAAGAUGAAUAUAUAACUAAACAAAUUAAUUUAGAUAUUCAAAAAUUAGAUCCUCGAAUUUUUCACCCACUAUCGUCUGAUGAUAAAAAUCCAUGGACUUUAAAACAAAAAAAUCAAGAAUUAAAUAAUGAAAUAAAACAAGAUAUUUUAAGAACAUAUUCUGAAAAAAAAAUAUUCCAAGAUGAAAAAAUAAGAGAUAUAUUAAAUAAAAUAUUAUUUAUAUGGGCAAAGAAAAAUCCAUCAAUAUCAUAUAAGCAAGGUAUGAAUGAAAUAGUUGCUAUAUUUUUUAUUGUUAAUUAUCGUGAACAAAUUAUGCAAAAUGAUAUAUCAAAUAGUUGUGAUAAUAAAAAGUAUUAUAAAGAAUAUCUUACAUUGUUUAAAAAUGAUGAGGUUGAAUCAGACACAUAUAUAAUAUUUGAUCAUUUUAUGAAUAUGGGAUUAAAAUAUUUAUUUUCAUCGAGAGAAGACAAAAAAACACAAUUAUCAAAAAAUUCAUGUAAAACUGUAUUAUUACAAAAAUGCACAUAUAUAUUCCAUAAAUUAUUAAAAAAUUUGGAUAAACAAUUAUAUAACCAUUUAAUAUCUUUAAGUAUUGAGCCACAAAUAUUUUUGCUUCGAUGGGUCCGUCUCUUUUAUUGUAGAGAAUUUCCAAUAGACGAUACCAUCAUUUUAUGGGAUAUUUUUUUCUCAGAUUGUUAUGCAAAAAAUUGGAAAAAUGGGUUUGAGUUUGAUUUCAAAGGAGACAUAAUAGAAAUCGCACACAUGACUUCAGAAGUUUUUCCUUUAAUAGAUUAUUUUUCUAUAUCUAUGGUUUUAUUUAUUAAAACAUUUUUACUCGAAAAUGAUGAAAACUCUUGCUUAAAAAGAUUAUUUAAAUAUCCUCCUGUUGAAAAUAUAAGAAUAUUAAUCGAUUUAUCAAUUAAGUUACGACAAAAAUAUGAAAAAAAAGAAAAAAUAAUUAAAAAAGAGGAAUUUCAAAAUCCAAAUAAUAUUUUCAAUAAUAAUUUUGGAAGUAACAAUAUUGGAAGUAACCAAAUUGGGGGUAAUAAUUAUAUUACCAAUACUGGGAGCAUAAAUAAUAUUUCUCCAUUAAGUUCAAACCGAAAUUCAAAUACAAAUAAUAAUUUAAGCACAUUUAAAAUUAAAACUGAUAUAAAUAAAAAUAACAUAAACAAUAUAAAUGAUCAAAUUAAUGAAAGACAUAAAUAUAUUAAUGUUUCUAGUCUAAGUCAAAAAAUAAAAAAUGUUAAUAUACCAAAUUCAUUAAAUACUGUUAAUAGUAAAUUAAAUAAAGUCAUAAAUAAUUUAAAUAAUUUAUCUUACAAUGUUUUAAAUCCCCAUCAUCGUGGAGAUCUACAACAAAAUAUUUUUAAUUUGAAUGAAAUACUUAAGGAAUUAAAAUAUAUAGAGCAAAUUUCAGAAGAAAAAAUGGAAAACCAAAUUGAAUUUGAAAAAAAAAAUGAUGAGCCAUACAUAUAUUUAGGGUGA